ACUGAUGCUUCAUCCAAAAGAUGCUAAUAACCUAUUACUGUUUACCGCUAAACUGGAAUUACAGAAUUUGACAAUGGCCUAGUGAAUAACUGAAUAUAGCUGUAAUUUUCUACUCUGAGUUCUGAAACCAUCUUCAGCUCAAAUACAAACAAUACUUUUUGGCACUAUAUAUACCGUCGUCUCAAGCUUAUAGCUCAGAGCAGACUACACGUCUCGUCCCAUGUAAACCUUGGAGCUGCCACAUGCAUAGUCCUUACGCAACACUCUUUGUAAGCUAGCAACAUGUAUUCUUCAAUUACAUCCCAUCAAGAUAAGCAUGUGGAAAAAAGCUGAAAGCCAACGGAGUUUAAGAACCAGCUCCAUUGUAUGUUGCUGAAGGUUGUGCUGGAACAUGUUGACGGUUUUUGACAAGGCAACAGGAAACCCUCCUGUAGAGCUGGGGCUUCCUUCAAUUGGACCGGAGAAGGCAAAGACCAGAGAGGAAAUCUUGAAGCUUUUCCAAUCAUCACGUCCUGAGUGCACUGUAUACUACCUUUCAGAUGGGAAUUUCAUGGCUUUGUCUCAUGACAAUGAAAAUCAGUCUCACCUAAGGUCAAUUGUAGUCAUAGACGAUGUCUUCUGCAUUUUCAUUGGGACUUUGGAGAACACUUCUGACCUGAGACGAUACUAUGGCCUUCCAAGGCAAGCAACAGAAGCCAUGGUUGUGGUUGAAGUCUAUAAAGUCCUAAGAGAUCGAGCACCCUACCCACCUGAUCAAGUCAUCAAAGAUCUGCAGGGAAAAUUUGCAUUUAUCCUCUUCGAUGCUAGAUCUGGUACCCUUUUUGCAGCCAGGGACCGAGAUGGAAGCGUUGAACUUCACUGGGGAAUGGCGGGUGAUGGGUCUCUAGUCUGCUCCCACAAACUCAACAUCAUUAGAGAAGCUUGUGGAAAAUGUUGUGCGCCUUUCCCUCCAGGCUGCAUAUUCACAAAUGGAAGUGGUUUGAUGAGCUUUGUUCAUCCACUGCACAAGGUAAGGGCCAUUGCACGCGAAGACGACAGUGGCAACAUUUGUGGAGUUGCUUUUCAGGUGGAUCUGUUCACACGAAUCCCCAGCAUUCCACGCACCGGUAGUGGACAGAAUUGGGCGGAUGCAACUGCUGUCAAGGAAGGAGAUCACUACUAGGAGAGUAACGACACUGAAGUGAAAUAAUCAUCAAAUCCUGUUAGUGAGAACUAUGAAGUAUAUAUAUCUCUCUGACUAAUGGGAUUAUGGGAAGUGAUACAUAGAACACGUUUACUGAUAUAUGAUCCACAUGUGAGUUAUAUUUCUUAAA